GGCACUACGGACAUCUCAAGGGAAUACCAAAUGAAUCGUGCAGUUGAAGGGAGCUUUAUGUUACUCAAGAAUUCUGCUUCAACAAGUACCAACCAGCAAAUGGACGUCUUUGACACUCGGUAUCUUCAAAUUAACAAACUCUUAUUGUCGUACAUCGGCUUAUGGCCGAUGCAGUCUAACAGAAACACAAUUUUCAUAUGUUUUACGAUACUCGGUUUGCUGAGUAUGACACUGCCACAGAUCGCAUUUUUAUUCACACGUUUAAGAGAUUUGAGUGAUUUUUACGACAUUUUACCAACUUUGAUGGGUUCAUUUAUUUGUACUUUCAAAUCACUUGGUCUACAUUGGCAAAAUAAAAAAUUUAAGAUACUCCUUCAGCACGUGCGUCAGGACUGGUGUUUAUUGAUGAAGCACAAAGACAUUUGGAUUUUGAUGGAAUAUAGCGAGAAAAGCCGAAUGUUUACGCUCCUCUAUCUAAUUGUGACAACCGUGGGUAUAGCCAGUUUCGUGGCGAUACCAUUAAUGAUUCCAUUAUUCGAUCUUGUAUUUGCAUCAAACGUAACGAGGUCAAAGCGACUGCCGCAUCCAGCGGAAUUUUUUGUAGAUACGGAAAAAUAUUAUUAUAUUCUUCUGACAAUCAUGUUCGCAUCAUAUGUUGUAUGUGUUUUAAUAAUAGUCGCAUGCGAUACCAUCUACGUCGUGCUGCUACAACACACUUGUGGUAUAUUGACUAUGUUAAGUAACCGUCUAAAAAAAUGGGAAAUAGACGAUAAAUUAAAAUAUGUCAGAUGUAAUCCUGUAUCGAAAGGAGAUAAAGAUAUUGAGAACAUCGUACAGUGCAUACAGCUACAAGUCAGAACAGAAAGAUUAAUUGAAUUAAUUGAGUCAACGUUCGCGAUAUGUCUUUUUAUCGACUUUGGCUUUGGAAUUCUACUUCAGUGUUCUUCCUGCGUGAUGAUUGUAUUUCAUACAGACGUAAUCAAAAACUGUGUGCUUCUGUUUAUUCAAACCAGUCGACUUUUUUUCAACUACUGGAUGGGACAGAGACUACUAGAUCACAAUUUUCAAAUUUCUAUUGCAGCAUAUAAUGGAAUGUGGUAUGAAAUGUCUUUAAAAGCAAAAAAAGUUUUGCUAUUUUUAAUGAUGAAAUGUCAGAAACCAUGUUAUAUAACUGUGGCGAAAAUAUACGUAAUCUGUAUGCAAAGUUAUAGCACGCUCAUGAGGACGUCCGCUUCGUACGUAACAUUAAUGAUAUCAUUAAACUCGGAUGACGUGUAAUUAUCGACCACAUGGAAUUUUGUGGUUUAUUUGUGCAUGCCACAAAGAAAAAUAUUUAUAAAAAUAUAAUAGAAAUAUAAAAUAUUUUAAUUAAAUAAAAGUAUUUUUUUGUUUUAUAAACAAAAUUAGUCUUUUAUAAUCC